UGUCCAGUUUCAAAAGUUCAAAAUUCUAGCCAUCUAUUUUAAGAAGAAAUCGGUUAAGAUCCAAAAUCCCAUCUCGGUUUCUUUUUAAUUUCAAACAAAUCAAUUGACAGCUCAUAAAUAGUGUCCCAUAUCAUCGCUCUAACGAUUCAUUCAAUUGAAGUUAAUUUAAAUAUUUUUGAAUAUAAAUAUGACAAAAGUCUCAAAAAAAAAAAACAAACUGACCCCCAUUCACGCAAAUGUCACCCUUAUGUUAACUGCCUAAUUAUAAUGAUGAAGACUUGCCGCCUUGCCAUCAGAAACCCAGCGGUAAACUUUUGAAAGAAUUUUAUAAUCAAUUUGUAUCGUUUUUGUCAAUUAACUUGUAUUUCAAACAUUCUCAUUCUGAUGGGUAACAUCGUGCCGUCCGUCGCCGUCGUCUUUAGUCGUGCCCCAAAGUGUUGUUUCCACUUUAGACAACCCUCAUAAUAAAGCUGACAAAAAAAAAAAGAAUUUCUUCACGCUCGAUUAAGCGUUAACUGUGAACGUGUAACUGUCAUAAUGUCACCCCAAAGGCUCAACAACGUUAGAGGCAAUUGUCAGUUUAAAUAAACGACCAAACAAAAGUAUAUUAUUAUUAAAUUAGCAAAUUAUACCAACUAAUUGGUUAAUUGUUUAAUGAAUUUCCAUUUAACGGAGAUGGCUUUCCCACGAUAUUUACACCAGCCUUUAGAGAAAAAGCUUCCAGUUUCAUGGCUUCUAUAUUUUUAUGAUGCUUUCAUUUCCAGAUUAUGCUACUGCACUCGAGUCGACGACGACGCCAAUGACGCUGACUCCUAUCUAAUCAUCAAUCAUAAAUCAAAUGCUCAGCACACCCAAUCAUGUCGCUGCUGAUCGCUCAACUAAGCUCCGCUGAACGAACACCUCAUCACAUCCUGACGCAGCAUCAUCAUCCAUCAGUGGUUGCCACUGUGGCUACAGCGGCAGCGGCGUCUGUGGGCUACGAUAGCCCACCAUCACCAUCGCCAUCGUCGUCAUCGGCUUCGGCCGUCUCACCUUCAACUACAAGAUCAACAGCAGCAGCAGUGGCAGAGGCAGGUGUUAAUGACCAGCACACUGCUCGCAGCGCUGGCGGCACUCUAAUCGGUGCAGAACAACCUCUCGACUUUACAGUCUCGAAAUUGACUGUUGCCACUUCAAUGGUAACCACUACAACAACAUUAGCCAACAACAACAGCUGCACUAAUAACAAUAAAUUUCUAACCGAUUUGACGUCAUCAUUAUCGCAUGCAGAUACUAUGAGUCGACUUCUAGCUAUGGAUAUGAAGGCGUUCAAGGUCGAUGCGACCGGUGAUGAGGAGGAGUUAAAGGUCGAAGAUGUCACAAGUGGGAAAAAUGAAGAACAUCAAGAACAACAGGCAACAUCAUUGCUUCAAAAGCUACCACCAAUCAAUCCUUGGUGUCCAUUAAUGCUGACACCAUUGACAUCCACCUCAAUGACUUCAUUACUCCCAUCAUCGACAAGGCAUCAUCAUCAUCAUCAUCAUCAACAACAACAGCAGCAACAACAUCACCAUCAUAAUCAUCAUCAUCAUCAACAAAAUCAUCCUGCUUCAUCUAAUCACCAUCAAAUGAGUACGGAAGCCGAAUUCCAACUUACACAUGAAGCAGAUCUCCAGACACAACAAACCAUUGACAUCCGGCAACAGCUACAGUUACAGCUUCACCACCACCAUCAACAACAACAACAACAACAACAAAAUCAACACCAAAUUUCCAAAACAAUGCCAAUUCCCUACGCAACGCACAUUGUCGGCAAUAAUCAAAUCUCAAACCCACCUCCAACCUCAACUUUGACAGCAGCACCGUUUUCAUCGUCUGCAGCAACAACAACAACAAAUCUUUCGGCAUCCCUUAAGGCGGCGGCAACGACCUUUCUAAUUUCUUCUCAUCAGCACCAUCAACAGCAACAACAACAACAACAGCAGGCGAAAUUCCUGUCUAGCGUUAACUAUCCCCACCAUCCCCAUCCUCAUUUACAAAUUACACCACCGAAUUCACCGUUGCCACAUCUCCUUCUGAGUGCUCCCCCGCCUCCCCUUCCACCACCGUCGUCAUCAUCGUCAGCGGGUGGUAAAGCUUUCUACACCACCCGAUUACCAUCGACAACGGUGCGACAGAACUUGGGUUCCACAAUUCCGUCAUUUAACGAACUAAUGUUCCACCAUCAACAGCUACAGCCUGCCACUCAAUAUUCCAAGGACACGUCCUCAUCGUCCUCGUUGGCAAUGGUAAACAGCAGUUCCCGCCACACGCCAUAUUACCACCCACCAAUUCCACCCACCGUCACCCCCUCCACCGGCUCUGUACAAAACUUAAUGACCUUUGCGACAACAACGUCAGACACCAACGACGCCACCACUGUCGGUGGCGGCGUCCUUGCCGCCACAAGCCUGCCACCCACAAUGCUACCUCCAGCCCUAUCAUCAUCAUCAUCCUCUGGGGCCAACAGUGGUCAGGAACAUUUCGGCACGAUGGCAAUGGCCGACGAAGAUGGAGAUGAUGCUGGUUCAAAUGGUGGUGGUGGAAAUAGUGGAGGAGGUGGAGGUCCUCCACUCGUUGUCCCUGAACACGAGAAAAUUAUGUUCGUUUCGCAUUUUCAUGAGAGAGAUCGACUGAUUAGGGAGCACCAAUUCCAACAGCAAAAACAUCGUAUGGAAAUGAAGGGUAGCGGCACGGGUGGUGGUGGCCGUAAACGAGUUCGAGAUCUUCUUAAUUCACAAAAUGACGAAGUUCAUAUUAAGAUUGAAUGCAAUGAAGAUAAUGAAGAUGAAGUUGAAGAUGCCGAAGCUACUGUUAUGAUGGUCUCGCCGGACAGUAAACACAGUCGAAUUGGUUUUAUCGGUGGCGAUGAUGGUUGUGGAGAUAUGGCCGCACAUGUAGAUGAAGCUACUACAUAUUCCCAUGUGAAUCAUAUGAAUUUUAGUACUGUUCCGAUUAAAGACAGUGGUGGAGGAGGAGCGGAACUGGUUAAAGAUAUUAAUCGAAUGUCAAAAACACCAUCACCGUUACCAUCGAUAUCAGGUUGUGCCGAAAGCUGUGAUGAGUUAAGUGACAGAGAAAGAUCACCAUCGCCAAAAAAUCUUAGCAAAAAGAAUUUAUUAGUCGAAGGUGUACUCAAUUUAGCUCAGUCGAGAGGUUCGCCAUCACCGAAAAGACUUAGAACACCAAAACGGUCUCCAUCGGUGCAUCAACGUUCCCCAUCAGUUCAUCGCUCACCAACAACUCAUCGGUCUUCUACUCCUCAAAAUUCUCUACCUCCACCACCUCCACCGCAGGGGCUUCAGCCACCUUGCCAAAGUCCAAAUAGCCAUCAGAAUAUCCAAGCAACACUGGCGGCUCUUCAGAACCCCCUUGGGCCUUUGCUGCUUCAGAACCAAUUUGGUCUAGCAGCUGCCCUUAACCCACAAGAUAUUCAGCAAGCUUUUCAAGCUCAAAUUCAGGGGUAUAUUGAGAUGAUGCGUACAGUUGCACCUGAGAGUAAUCUCAACACUCCAGCUGCAUCACAGUUCCUAUUACAAAACUCCCUCCAAGCAAUGGCUCAGGCCGCCCAACAACAGUUCCAUGCCUUGCAAAGACAGCAACAACAACAACAAAGUCAGCAUCAAUACCAACAGCAACUUCCUCAGCAGCAUUCAACGCCCCAGGGUAAAAUGAGCAACUAUGCCUCAGUCCCUUUGCCCAAGUCUCCACUGCGAAGUCCAUCUCUCAGUCCAGUUAGUCGACAUACAACACCAAUGUCCAAGACUCAAACCACUUCUCAUACGACGCCACCAAACUCGGCGGGCCUGAACAUGGGUUCGGGGCUUCUUACCCCAAACACCCCCGGUAUGAGUAGCUUUGCCCCUCAAACCUCGAAACACAUGAGUUCCUCAUCAUCCUUAUCGAUUUCUGUCAACACUCCGCGAAUGCUUGAUCAGUCUCCCGAAGAAACCACCGAUCUUGAGGAACUCGAACAAUUCGCCAAGACCUUCAAACAAAGACGCAUCAAACUGGGCUUCACCCAAGGUGAUGUCGGUUUAGCAAUGGGCAAACUCUAUGGCAAUGAUUUCUCUCAAACAACCAUAUCCCGUUUUGAGGCACUAAAUUUGAGCUUUAAAAACAUGUGCAAGCUCAAGCCACUGCUGCAAAAGUGGCUCGAGGAUGCAGAUACCAGUAUUUCAAAACCUGGAGGGAUCUUUGGACUAAGUGCUUUACAGAACCCUCUAACAACGCCCGAGAAUAUGGGUCGACGACGUAAGAAGCGGACUUCGAUAGAAACUAAUGUUCGUGGUGCCCUCGAGAAAGCUUUCAUGAUCAACUGCAAACCUACUAGUGAAGAAAUAUCCAAUCUCGCAGACUCUUUGUGCAUGGAAAAGGAGGUGGUGCGAGUGUGGUUUUGCAAUCGGCGACAAAAAGAAAAGCGUAUCAAUCCUGCUUUAGAUAUGGAUAGUCCGACUGGAACACCAGUUAGCAGUCAUGGCAAUAUGUAUGGUCUUCCGUCGUCGCUAAGUCGAACUCCUUUGAAUGGCUUGGAUAGUAGUUCGAUGGGUAGUCUUUCACCGCACUAUCAACAGAUGCCGGUCAUCAAGCAUGAAUGACAGUCAAUCAAUGGUUGGUAUCCAUCGUCCAAUCAAGUCGGAUUCGAUUUUAUGACAUCAGGUAGUGAAAGUUUCCUCGAAUAGUUCGAUGUUCUUAUUUGUUGUGAGUUUGUUUUUUCGUCUGGCGCCCAACUCAGGCCCAAAUCAUUCUAUGUACAAAGAUAAACUUAUCAGCCUAGCUCCUUUACACAUUUGGAGUUAAGGCCGAAACUAUGUAUUUAAACAAAAAAUAUCCUUUUAAUUGUUGUAAAUGUGUUAACUAAGUAGCCGUACUUUUAAACAUUCCAUUGUGAGUCCAUAUCAUUAAUAGUUUUACACUGUAAAAUAGUAAAAUAGAAAAAAAACGUAAAAUUAACUUUAAAGAUAUGUCCAUUUUUACCAAAUAAAUAAAUUACAAAUAAUAAUUAUAAAUUAAUACGAAAAUUAAAAAAAAAAAAUAAUAUUUAUCGAAUUUAUUAGUAGAAGAAUGAUUAUAAAUAAAUAAAUAAAUAAAUAAGCUUAAAAUGUUAUACCAGUUUGAGUAUUGUAAAGAAAAUUGUAAGUAAAUAUUAUGUAAACUUAGUUUUUAAGGAUGUACAUUUAAAAAAUAAAACAAACAGGAAAACUGUCAAUCAAACUGUAAAAUUGACAAAUAUUACAGAUUGACGUUUGUGUAUCAA